AUGUCGCGCUCCAACGUCAUCGUGCUCGACAAUGGUACAGGCUACACGAAGAUGGGUUUCGCCGGUAACUCGGACCCAUCCUUCGUGUUCCCAACUGCCAUUGCUACCCGUACCACCGCAGCUGGCUCUUCCUCCGGCGCGGGCUCCCGUCCAUCGGCACCCUCCAAGCCAGGGGGAAUCUCAUCUUCUUCUUCGUUAGCCUCUAAACGUGGUAUUGAAGACCUUGACUUUUUCAUCGGCGACGAAGCCUACGCCAAUGCCAAAACCUACCAAGUUGACCAGCCCAUUCGUCACGGCCUUAUUGAGAACUGGGAUCAUAUGGAACGCUUCUGGGAACAGUGCAUCUUCAAGUACCUCCGUGCCGAACCCGAGGACCACUACUUCAUGCUCACCGAACCACCGCUCAACCCUCCUGAGAACCGUGAAAAUACCGCCGAAAUCAUGUUCGAGUCGUUCAACAUCAAGGGUCUAUACAUUGCUGUCCAGGCCGUCCUUGCACUUGCCGCUUCGUGGACAAGCAACAAGGUGAUCGACCGUACGCUCACAGGUACCGUCAUUGACUCGGGUGAUGGUGUCACACACGUUAUCCCUGUAGCAGAAGGUUACGUCAUUGGUUCGGCCAUCAAGCACAUCCCCAUCGCCGGUCGAGACAUCACCUACUUCGUCCAGCAGCUUCUUCGGGAACGUGGCGAAGCAGCCAACAUCCCACCCGAAGACUCGAGGAAAGUUGCCGAAAAGAUCAAGGAAGACUACUCCUAUGUCUGCCAAGACAUCGUCCGCGAGUUCCGCCGUUAUGACGAAGACCCUUACAAGUACUUCGAACGUUUCGAGGGCGAACACACCGUCACUGGGCGCAAAUACAGCGUCGAUGUCGGAUACGAGCGUUUCCUUGCCCCCGAAAUCUUCUUCAACCCUGAAAUCGCCUCCUCCGACUUCCUCACUCCGUUGCCCGAAGUUGUCGACGGAGUCAUUCAACAAUCUCCAAUCGAUGUUCGUCGUGGACUUUACAAGAACAUCGUCCUCUCCGGUGGCUCAACCAUGUUCCAACACUUUGGCCAGAGGCUGAAAAAGGAUUUGCGCUCUAUUGUUGAUCAGAGAUUGGCAGCGAGCGAGACGGCAAGUGGAAGCUUGAUGAGGAGUUCAGGUUUGGAGGUCAACGUCAUCAGUCACAAGAUGCAGAGGUAUGCUGUGUGGUACGGAGGUUCACUGUUGGGUUCCUUGCCAGAUUUUUACUCGUACUGCUACAACAAGCAGGAUUACGAAGAGCAUGGCCCAUCGAUUGUUCGCAAAUUCUCGGUCUUUGGCAGUGUGUAG